AUCAGUAACGGAAUAUAUUUUGAUGAAAAUCUUUACUCCUUUGAAAACAAAUAUACUAUUAUGUACUUGAGAAUGUCCUCUUGUUAAAUCUAAACAAGAAGGUGGCUUAAGAAUGAUGCAAUUGUCUUUAUUACCACAAACCUACAGGAGCCAUUGCUUCAACAAUAGUUGACCCCUUAGGUGUAUAUUUCUCCUUCGGUUUUCCCUAGUUCCUUGAAGUUGAGUUUCACAGCUGAAAACGAUGAGAUCAGUGCCCUGCUCUCUCUCGAUCCAGCCUUACUGAUAAAGUCUGCAUAGUACUGUAUGAGCAAUGUUCAUGACUUGUACAUUGUUUAAAAGUAAAUUAAGUUCAGAUAUAUACAGAUAUGUUUGUUUUUAAUAGUUCACAAUCUAGCUUCCAAGUUUCCAGAGAAAGGUGGCUGGAAGACCAAUCUCCCUCCUGUGUGGUGCACUCACUUUCCAAACUCACAUGGUAACUGAGGAUUGUAUUGUAAACUGGGCUUCAUUCUAAUCGUGAAGGAUAAUGUAUUAAUUAAAAGAUCAGUAUUGUUUACUGCUGUAUGUCACUGUUCCCCUUGAAGAAAUCCUGAAAGAUGUAAUCAUAUUGUUUGAAGAAUUAUAGACUUUCCAAGUUACUGUAAAAAAAAUCCAAGUGUCUCUGUGUCAUCAUUGUAGGGUGUGGGUAUUUAACUUUUUAAAAUGACAUCUUCAGUUACAGCAAAGCUGUUUCACUGGACUGGAUAUAGUUCCAUCUGAUCACAUGACAGUGUUCCCGUUGCCACGGUGAAAUGGAAUCGCUUCUCCUGCAUUUUUUCAAACUGAAGAGGAGGAGAACAUGGUGCUAGUUCUGCACUCCACAUGUACCCCUCAGAGAGCACAUUCAAGAGAGGGUAUACCUCUGCUCAGACCCCUCCUGCAGCUGUGGGACAGGAGAGCUAUCUUCCAGCGAGCUGGGCAGCAUCGGUGUACCAGCCAAACCCCUGGUAUCCUAGAGGAUUUCUUUACCAUGGCAACCACGCCCCUGUCUUCUGGAGCCAGAACAGUACUGGCUUCCCCAGGUAUCCUGACCAGGCUUUCUCCUGCUCUUCCUGGGCAUACCCCUCGGCUCAGUCUGGCACAGCGUCAUGGCCAGAGGCCUACUGGCCUUGGGCUUCUCCCUCAGGGUUGUCUGCCUUGAAACCACACGAGGAAGACUGUCCGUUGUUGCUGGCCAUGACAGUAGCCGGUAUUCCCACAGUCCCAGCGCCAGGAGUCCGGAUGGACAGAGUUUUGGCCGCUGCCCGGUACUUUGUGGCGAAGAACCCCAAUCUGGACUCCUUGUGGGAGGAGCAGCUGGGAGGAGAUAAAAGGGCGUCCGACAGGGUACCGGGGAACCCCAGGAAGAGAGUGUCGCAGGAAGAGGACUACUCUUCCGCCAAGAGGUUCAAGCCCAGCGAGCUCCUGGGGUGUGCUUCUGGCAGUGAUUAAGACGGAGGCGUACCAUGACUGCUGUUGCACCCUUGAGCCUGAAAAUGAACCCUUUACAGCAAUAGGAAAGCCCCUGAACAGGUGUUUAAUCGUUCUGUGUAGAUUAAUUUAUUGUAUGCUUUAAAUGGAGUUUUUAAUGGACAUUCAGGAGGGAUGAUGGCAGCCCAGUUUAUUUUUACCUCUGUUGCCCCAUCAUUCCCGAUGUCCUUUAUUCUUUAUUCUUUAAAUAAAAAUGAAAAACAAAAUCA